AUCCACUUCACUGGAGUUUUCUUUGCAUGUGUGGGUUUUAGGAAGGGGAGUGCGUCUCUAUUAUAUUGGUGGAGAAGUUUUUGCUGAGUGCCUCAGUGAUAGCGCAAUUUUUGUUCAGAGCCCCAACUGUAAUCAAAGAUAUGGCUGGCAUCCAGCAACUGUCUGCAAAAUCCCACCAGGAUGCAACCUAAAAAUCUUUAAUAACCAAGAAUUUGCUGCUCUUCUGGCUCAGUCUGUGAAUCAGGGUUUUGAAGCAGUUUAUCAGCUUACCAGAAUGUGUACCAUAAGGAUGAGUUUUGUUAAAGGAUGGGGAGCUGAGUACAGGUAAGAAAAAAAC